CCGAGUGCUUCCAAUAAAUAACGGAAACUAUUUCUAUCUAUUAUAGAAAAGUUUUUCAUAUCAAAUUUCCCGCCAUUUACCGUAAAACGCGCAAUUUAAGUAAAAUACCGUAAAAUGGGGAAAUUUACCGUAAUAAGGAUCUUCCAGGGAUAUAAUCGUGGGAAAUAUUCUUCUAAGUAUAGACAGUGUCCCAUAAUUUAUGAAUUUCAAAAACUUUUUAAUCAUUCGAAUAAAAACCAAAAAAAUUAAAUCCAUAAAUUUUGACUUAAUAUCAAAAAACCCUUAAUUACAUUAUUUUUCAGGCACAUGAAAGUGAAAUGUUUUUCGCGCCAACUAAGUGGUUAAUACUACAAGACAUAAGAUACGAAAAUUACAAUUCAUCAAAAAAUUACAACGACCAAGAAAAAAAAUUGAAGGAUAAAUUCAAAAAUUUUGAAAUUUUUCCCGACAGUGAACUAUAUAUUUCGCAGAGAUUUGAUGAUAAUAAUAUCAAAAUAUUGUCAAUUUACCGACCUAGUUUUUACGUAGAUUUAAUUAUCGAAGAGCGAGCUAAUUGGGAUAUUGAUAACGGUAUUAAUUUUAUCGAUUCAAUUCCUACAUCACGUCGGAGAAGAAAUCUUCAGUUAACGCCAUUGAAAACGUGUCUUGUGUUAACAAAUCCUGAUACAUUAAAUCAUCUGACGGAUUAUAAAGACAACAGAAUUGAUGCUGUUACAAAAGCUAAUUACAUUUGGAUGAUGCAUCUCGUUAAUCAAAUGAAUGCAACAGUAACAUAUACUUGGCGCGAUACUUGGGGUUAUCCAGAUAAAAAUGGCACUUGGAGUGGAAUGAUUGGAUUAUUAGAUCGUGGAGAAAUUGAUUUUGGUGGAACAGCGACGUUUCUUAUAAAACAAAGAAUUGGUGUGAUUGAAUAUUUACAAUUGUACACACCCGUUGGAUCAAAAUUCGUAUUUCGCAAACCUCCACUAUCUUAUGUGAGUAAUUUAUUCACUCUUCCAUUCGGACGCACAGUUUGGUACGCCAUCGCUGUGAUGUCAUGUAUUGUUUGUGGAUUUUUAUACAUAACCAUGAAAUGGGAAUGGAAAGAAAUUGAAAAAUCACCGGGAAAACUAGACGAAUUGAAAAAUGACCCAACUAUAAGCGAUAAUUUGCUGAUUCUCUUCAGUGCAGUUUCCCAACAAGGGUUAUCUUACGAACCUCGGACUAUUUCAUCACGAAUAGUAACAUUUAUGUUACUAAUUGCCGCUUUGAGUCUUUACGCAUCAUAUACAGCAAAUAUUGUUGCGCUUUUACAAUCAACAUCAUCAUCGAUAAAUACUCUGAAGGAACUUAUAAAUAGUGGUUUGAAAUUUGGAAUUUAUGAUAUUGUUUAUAAUAGAUAUUACUUUAAGGUAUUGGAUGAUCCAGUACGUCGAGAAUUUCGGGAACGUUUUGUAACAAAUAAAACAUCAAUAUGGAUAACACUAGAAGAUGGAAUUGAAAAGGUACGUCAAGGAUUAUUUGCAUUUCAUGUUGAUACUGCAGCUGGAUAUCAAUUGAUACAGGAAACGUAUGAAGAAGAUGAAAAAUGUGGGUUACAAGAAAUUGAUUACAUGGGUGUACUAGACCCGAUGCUUGUUAUAAAGAAGAAAUCUCCGUAUCGUGAAAUUUUUAGGGUUGGAUCACUCUGGUUACGUGAAACAGGACUACAACAACGUGACACUCCAAGAUUAUUUACUAAAAAACCAGUUUGUGUAGGUCAUACUAGUUUUAUAAGUGUCGGAACAACUGAAUGUUAUGCUGCUUUUUACACGAUCAUUUACGGAGCCGCAAUAGCAUUUUCGAUUUUUUUUAUUGAAAUUAUUUUACGUAAAUGUUUUGGAAACAAAAUGGCCGGCGAUGAAGAAUCAACUGAAUGUGAUGUUGACACAGAAAUUAAUGACAAAAAUAUAUCAAGACAAUCAUCAGAGUCAUUGGAAACUACCGUUGAAUAAUAUUCUUAAAAAGCAAUAAUUUAUUGUAGAAACAAUAUUAUUAUUAUUAAUGAACACAAUAAAAUAUUCGAUA